AUGAUCUACGAGUGUACCCCUUCCAUUCAAAUGUCCAAAGCAUCCACAACACCAGUCAUUUCUAUUACAACCUCUUCAACGACCACCAACCUGCCCCUUCGGAAUCGGGGGCACCCAGCAAACCGCCAGAUUCAGCACGACAUGCACAAUACCAAUAACCCAAAACCCCUUCGCAUAAUUCGUCCCGCCAUCCAUAAACCGAAACACCACGGCAAACACCACCCCGCCCAGAUUCCCCCCCGCGCCCGUCAACCCCGACAUCAACCCAUUCGCAUGCGGAAACACAUGCGGAAUCAAUGCAAAGUUCGCCCCAUUCCCCGCCUCAUGAAACACCGCCAUCAGCACCACCAACCCAAUCAUGGUCCCCAAAUCAUGCGGAUCCAGCACCCCAAUCACAAUCAGCAACACCCCCGUCACCACGCCACACACAUGCACCCACCCCUUCUUCCACCACAGCUGCCCCCCCGACACCUUAUACAGCACAUCGCCCACGACCCCCCCCAACGGCCUUGUCACAAAAUUCAGAAACCCAAACACCGCGGCGUAGUUCGAUGCGCGGGUCUGCCCCAGAUAGGGGAAGUUGCGCAGGUAGUAGGCGGCCAGCACCGAGUUGAUGGCCAGCUCGCCGCCGAAGGAGCAGGCGUAGGUGGCGACGUGGAAGAGGGCGUGGCGGCUGAGGAGGAUGGGGAGGGCGGUGUGGAGGGUCGGGGGGCGGAUGAUUUCUUCCGUGUGCGCGGUGGCGUGGUCGAAGGGGAAGGGUGUGGUGGUUGUGGUGGUGGUGGUGGUGGAUUUGGGGAAGGAUUUUUCGAGGUCGGACGUGGUGCCGUCGCCGUCGCUGGCUUUGCCGAUGGGGGUGGUGGUGCUGGAGGUUUCGCGUGGUGGGAGAGUAGGAACAGCAAGGCAGGAGGAAAAGCGUACCAUGUCUCCAUGGGCGUGUCUCUCACACAGCAGCAGCAGGCCGACGCCGCAGGUGAUCAAGCACACCAGCGGCACGACAAAGGUGAUGCGCCAUGCCUGGUCGGGGCUGUGCCCCCACCGAUGGACAAGCGAAUCAUACACGGCCGGCAUGAUAAAGUAGGUGAUGCCGCCGCCGGCGUUGCCCCAACCGCCCGAGAGGGCGUUGGCGGUACCGACCACGUUCUUGUCGAACCAGCCGGUGCACCAGACUUGGCAGGGGACAAAGGCGCCGCCCAGGAUUCCGAUAAAGAGGCGGAUGAUGUAGAGCCCCGUCGCGUCCUUGAUCAGCGGCGCCAGCCCGAUGGGGAUGCUGCCCACCAGCAGCAGCAGGCUGAAUACCCUGCGCGGGCCAAACUGGUCGCAGAGCGGGCCAGCCAUGAACCGGACCGCAAGCGUGGCUACGAGAGAGAUGAUGUUGGAGGUCUCCAUAGGCCGGUUUCGAGGUCACCUACCAAGGGCGGAAAGGUGUACCAGGCCCAGAACGACAGCAUGAAGCCGAGCCACGAAAAGAAAAAGACUCGGCCAUGGGCGUCGAUGGGGUUUAGGAUGGGCACGCUUCGUGCUUUUUUGUUCACUGGGUUGACGGUUGGCGUUCGCCAGAGGUCAGAUACCUGGAAGCCCAUUGUUGCUGAUGCUGUUGCGCAAGGCAGCAGUAGCUAG